CUGUGCCGCCGCCGGCCUCGACGGGCCGCGAUGGAGCCGCGCAGGGAGAUUCGCUUACCGCGCCCCGGCCCCGGCCCCCAGCCCCAGCCCGGGCCCUGGGCGCCCACGGGGCGCGUCCAGCGCCUGCUCUCGCUCCCCCUCUCCAGUCCGGCCGCUCCCGCCUCUCCCAAGCCCUCCGUGGCGCCGCUCUCCACUCUGCUGCACGGCCUGGGCCUGGGCGAGCAGCCGUGCCCGCCGCUGGAGGCGGUGAGGUGCCCGCCCGGCCGCGGCAGUGGUGCUGCUGUGGAGGCUCCGGCCCGGCCCGGCCUGGCGGCGGCGAAUGACGAGGGGACGGCAGCGCUCCCCGGGCACGGGCGGAUGCUGUGCCACGGCAGAGGGGACACCCUGCCCGACCCCCCCGCCAGAGCAGUCGCCGCUACCAUCCUACCCCGUGGGAAGCCCUGCCCUGCUCCUGAGCCCACCCUGCUCGGACCCCGACCCCCCUGCGUGCCCACACCUGCCCCGGGGAGCCCCCAGGCUGCCAGCAGACUGGCACCACGAGUGAACACAGCAGCCAAAGGAACCAGCCUGCCCCUGGGGCUGAACUCGGUUAGAAUCCACUGCCAGAACGAAGCUGUCUACCAGUACCACGUCACCUUCAGCCCCGAGGUGGAGUGCAGGAGUGCCCGCUUCGCCAUGCUGAAGGAGCAGCGGGCAGUGACCGGGGACGUGACUGCCUUCGACGGCUCCAUCCUCUACCUGCCCAUCCAGCUGCCCCAGCUGGUGACGCUGAAGGCUCAGCAGAGGAGCGAUGGGCAGGAGGUGACCAUCAGCAUCCAGCACACCAAAGUGCUGGAGCCCAGCUCGGAGCUCUGCCUCCCCUUCUACAAUGUGCUCUUCCGCAGGGUGCUCAGGAUUUUGGACAUGAAGUUCGUGGACAAAAGUUUCUUCGAGCCAGAGCAGGCCUCUGUGCUGCAGCACUGCAGGGUGCAGAUCUGGCCAGGAUACUCGGCCAGCAUCCAGAAGAAGGAGGGAGGCCUCUUCCUGCUGGUCGAUGCCGUCCACAAAGUGAUCCGCAGCGAGUCCGUGCUGGGCUUCAUGCAGAGCCUGUACCAGCAGAGGUGCCUGAGCUUCCAGGAGGAGUGUGCACAGCAGCUGGUGGGCUGUGUGGUCAUCACCCGCUACAACAACCGCACCUACCGCAUCGACGACAUCUGCUGGGACAAGACCCCGAGGGACUCCUUCACCCUGGCCAGCGGGGAGAAGGUCACCUUCGUGGACUACUACAGCCGCACCUAUGGGAUCAGCAUCAGGGACCUGAAGCAGCCUCUGCUCCUCCACAGGCCCAAGUUAAAACAAACCCCACAGGGGAAGUGUGGCCAGGACGUGGUACUGCUGGUGCCAGAGCUCGCCUUCAUGACUGGGCUGCCAGAUAAGAGGAAGGACAGCAGGAUGAUGAAGGAAGUGCUUCGAGAGCUCCACCUGAGCCCCAGGCAGCACUACCAGCGCCUGACCAACCUCCUGCGCCGCAUCCGCGACCACCCCGAGGCCUCCCAGGAGCUGAUGCGCUGGGGGCUGAGGCUUGAGCCUGGCGUCCACACGACCCAGGGCCGAGUCCUGCCCAGCGAAAGGAUCAACCUGCGGCACAGAUCCUUCGUGCCCUCCGAGGAGCUGGUCUGGAGCAGGGAGCUCACUCGGGAGGCCUCCAUCUCCACGAUCUCUAUAUGUCACUGGCUCCUGGUUUACCCCAGGAAGCUGCAUGACUUGGCAAGGGACCUGGUGGUCACCAUGGAGAGCAUCUGCAGCCCCAUGGGGAUGCAGGUCAUGAAGCCUACCUUGGUGGAGCUGAAGGACGACCGCGUCGAGACCUACGGCAAGCACAUCCGCGGCGUCUUGAGCUCCCACGACAAGGUGCAGCUGAUCCUCUGCCUCAUCUCUGGCAACCGGGAGGACCUGUAUGCGUCCGUCAAGAAGCUCUGCUGCCUGCACUGCCCUGUGCCCUCCCAGGUCAUCAAUGCCCAGACCCUUGGGAGCCAGUAUAGCAAGCUGAGGGCAGUGGUGCACAAAGUUCUGCUGCAGAUCAACUGCAAGCUGGGUGGGGAGCUGUGGGGAGUUGACAUCCCCCUGAAGCACCUGAUGGUGGUCGGGAUGGACGUCUGCCACAGCAGAGGCCUCAGCUCCGUCGUCGGCUUCGUGGCCAGCAUGAACCCCUUCCUCACCAAGUGGUACUCCAGGGUGGUCUUCCAGAUGCCUCACCAGGAGAUCGCCGACAGCCUGCGGCUCUGCAUGGCCGAUGCCCUCCAGCGCUUCCACGAGAUGAACCACUUCUUGCCCAGAAGAAUUGUGGUGUACCGGGAUGGGGUCUCUGACAGCCAGCUGGGCACUGUCCUCAAGUAUGAGGUCCCCCAGAUGCAGAAGUGCUUUGGCACCUUUGACAGCUACCAGCCCAGCAUGGUGGUGAUGGUGGUGCAGAAGAAGAUUGGUACCAACUUCUAUACCCUGCUGGGUGAGCAGGUGGCAUCCCCCCCGCGGGGCACCGUGCUCGACCACACCCUCACCAGCUCGGAGUGGCAGGACUUCUUCUUGCUGGCUCACCACUCCCAGCAGGGCUGUGGCACUCCCACUCGCUACAUCUGCAUGCUGAACACCACCAAACUCAGCUCUGAGCACCUGCAGAGGUUGACUUUCAAACUGUGUCACCUCUACUGGAACUGGCCUGGCAGUCGUGUCCCUGCCCCCUGCAUGUAUGCCACCAAGCUGGCUUUCCUGUCGGGCCAAGUCCUGCACCAGGAGCCCAGUGCCCAGCUCCGGGACAAAACUCUUCUUCCUCUAGCUCCAAAGCAACAAAAAAAGGAGGGAGGGGAGGGGAAGGGGAAGGGCUUUGGUUGGGAUUUGACUUCCCUUCUCCUCUUUCUCCUGGGUUUGCGUUUGGGGUAG